AUGCAGAGAGUGGGAGAGCUGCAGGUUCAACUCGUACCAGACGAGUACCAACAUAUCUACGACGAUGCCAAAGAUCCAGUCAAGGUCUGGGAAAAAUUCAAAGAACAAUUAGAUCCUGACGUGAACUAUCGCGUUGCACGUCUGUGGUUACAGAGGUAUAAACAGACUGCAACCGAGUCAUUUGACGAUUAUGUCAAUAGGUGCAAACUCCAGGCACAGAAAUGUGGGUUUGCAGACGCUGCAGUAACAAGUGACAGAAUCAUUGACCAACUCAUCUAUGGUGUACGUCAUCCCGAACUUCAAAAAGAGUUCUUGAGACAAGAUAAAGAGAUGAACUUGGAGACGGCUAUCACAGUGGGAAGGUCAUUUGAGGCAACACUCGCCAAUAUGCAGAAGCUAAAGGCCGUCGAUGAAGACAGCGCCACAGCAUCAGUCAUGUAUGUUAAGAAACAAUUUCAAAGCUCGAAGGCAUGCAGAAAUUGUGGUAGGCGACAUCCCCCAAGAAAGUGCCCAGCGUACGGUUCUAUCUGUUCUUCCUGUGACAAGUCCAAUCAUUGGUCACAGUUCUGCAUGAGCAAAAAUCGACACAAAUCACGCAGCAACCAAUCAUGGGGAAGAAGCAGGUCAAGGUCACAUGACAGUAGGUCUCGACAACAGAACCGAGGUCGCAGCCAGAACAGGCCAUGUGCAAGGGUGGACCACCUUCGGCACAAUGAGGAACUGGACGCCAUGAAUGAUCAGUUAGAAAAUCUCAGCUUUUCUUCCUUGGAGAUUAGCUCGAUAACACACAUCGACGCUACUGAGACAAAUGGAGAUAAGCGUGAUGAAAUCUUCACUGACAUUGGUAUCGAACUACCAGAUCACAAAAAUGCGAAGACAACGUUAAAGGUGAAAGUAGACACAGGCGCCCAGGGCAACACACUCCCAUUGCGCAUAUAUCGACGUAUGUUCCCGAAGUUACUUGACUCCGAAGAUUUCUUCAUAGUAGAAUGUGACGGGAGUGCACUACUGGGAUUACCAUCGUCACGUGCAUUGAAACUAGUGACGGUACACUGUGCCCUAUCGACUAAUCCAAAAAUAGGAACGAAAGCAUGCCUACCACCUAUACGCUCAACUGGGGAUCUGACGAGACAGUACCCAGGUCAGGUUGACAAGAUAGGAAACUUCCCUGGUGAGUACCAUAUCACCUUGGAUCCGAAUAUUCCUCCAGUUGUCCAUGCACCUCGGAAAACUCCGAUACAGCUAAAGGAUGAAAUCAAAUCACAGAUAGAUGCUAUGGAGCAACAAGGAGUAAUCCGAAAGGUCAUAGAGCCGACAGAGUGGGUUAGCUCAUUAGCAUACAGUCGCAAAGUGGAUGGAAGCCUACGGAUAUGCUUAGAUCCAAAAGACUUGAAUCGAGCCAUCCUGAGAUGUCAUCACAAAACACCAACACUUGAAGAGAUAACACAUCGCUUCAAUGGAGCACGAGUCUUCUCCAAGCUGGAUGCAAAGAAUGGAUACUGGUCGAUUAAACUCGACGAGGAAUCACAGGUCUUGACGCCCUUUAACACACCGUUUGGACGAUACUGCUUCCGGCGAUGUCCAUUCGGUCUAGUCAUGUCCCAGGAUGUGUUCCAGCGGCACAUGGACUUCAUACUCGAGCAAGUUGGUGACGGCGUACUCGGAAUAUCAGACGAUAUAGCCGUAUAUGCGGAAACGCAUGAAAAACAUGAUGAAGUUCUACACAAACUGAUGAGAGUCGCAAACGAACGUGGUCUCAUGUUUACCAGCAGCAAAUGUGAGAUCGCUGUUCCAUCCAUCACAUUCUUCGGAAUGACAUAUGACCAACAAGGAGCACACCCAGACCCAGCGAAGCUAGAGGACAUCCAAGCCAUGAUUCCGCCGACAGACAGAACAACCCUGCAGGAAUUCCUUGGACUGGCUACAUAUAUGUCGCCAUUCAUACCGAAGUUGGCAAACCAUACCGCAACUUUACACCUGCUCCUCAGGAAGGACAGCACCUUUGAGUGGACAAGCACAUAUCAGCAGGCCUACGAGAAGACCAAGCAUCUUAUCUGCAAGAGCACUACACUUGCAUACUUCAAUCCGACAAAGGAAACAGUCCUGCAAGUGGACACCUCUACAAAAGGCUUGGGAGCUCCCUCAAGAACCUAA